AUGGAGACUCGCUGGCGCCUCGCUUGGGGAGAAUCCAGAGAUUCCAGGGCAGCGAGCGAGGUUCUGGGUCCUCAACUCGAGGACUCCAGGAGGCCUGACGCAGACCCAGUUCUCACUCCGGCAGCGAGGUCGGGGUCAUCUUUCUGGUCCGCACACAGCAGCAGAGUUAGCACAACCAGUGGCAGCAGCCGUGUGUGCAGUGGACCACGUCCUGUGCCAGAGUCUGACAAGGAAACCAAGGCGGAUCUAUCCCUGCCUGAAGAAUGGGAGACCAGGCUGGCAAACACUAUGACGCUUCGCACGGUUCAAAACACAACGAAGCAUGCCCAUCAGCUCCUGCAGCUGCUGACACACAGAUACGGCUCCAGUAGCCCGGUCCACAUCUCGUGUUGGGAGGGAUCGAUAGAGAAAGUCGCAGCUUCGACUAAGCGGUCCAAAGCGACGGUGGUCAAGCUGCAUUCACGUCAGCGCGAGCUGACCCCACUUCACAUUGCAGCCCUAUGUGGUCAUGCGGACGUGGUCGACUUCCUUCUGAAGUUGGACGCUGAUCCAAAUCUUGCAGGCGUCUACAAUUAUCGGGCGUUGCACAUCGCUGCCUCUUCCAGCCCUGCGAUCGUGCAGCUCCUGUUGGAUGCGGCUGCAAGCCCAGCUGCUCUCACGGACGAGGCGGACACCCCUCUUCAUCUCGCAUGCGGCUAUCAACAGCUGCCGACCAUCGAGCUCCUUCUGAAGGCUCUAGCUGACCCAUCAGCUGCGAACAACUUCGGGGUAACCCCCCUUCACAGCGCUGCGGCGACAGCAGCACUGGAAGAGUGUGACGUGCGUGAGGCCAAAGCAGUGCUUCUGUUGUGCAGCGGUGGAGCUGACAUCAAUGCACGAGAUCGGCAAGGCAAGACCCCAGCAGCCGUGGCUCGCAUGGCCGGUGCUGCGGCAAGUCUUCUGACUUUCUUGCAGGCUGGUGCCGGCUCCCAGCUGGGUUUCGUGCUGCCUGGUUCUCCUUCUCACUCAAGCAGUGAGGCAAGCGCGGCGAAGGUGAAGCGAUGGGCAAGUGACUUGCUUCUGGAGGGCGGGCAGCACCGGCAUGGCAACGAGGACCAGGAGCAAAGGAUCUCCUACGUCAAGGAGCUGGAGCUGGAGCCACUGGGCAAGACAAUGCGAUCGGAUGUUUCCCCAUCUCCACAGGGCUUGGUGACAGUUGGAUCAUCAUUGGUGCCGCAAGGAAAGCUCCUUAUCCCAAGGACACGGAGCAUCGACUUGUUGACAUGGACCAGAACGACAGAGCCGGGCUCCGAGUACGCCCCCAGCCGGCAGCGGGGUGUGCGAGGACAAGAGACGCAGCGGAUGGAUCAAGUGGAGGCUGAGAGCGUGUCCAUGGGCGCCGUCCGCAAUCCCGCUCUCCUUGCGAGCACGUCUAUUCUGGGGCUGGCAGUCAUCCUGCUUUUCUAUUUUUUAAGACGAAAGCGAACAACCAAGAUCCCAGUGGAUGGCCUCUUCGACUUGCAGCUGCUGGGCAGAUUUAACGGCGUGACGGGACCAAUUUUCAUGGGCGUUUGUGGCAAAGUCGUGAAUGUAUCCAGCAGUGAGAACAUCACCGUUGGCGAGGGCUACGGGCGACUCUGGGCGGGCAAGGAUGCGACCUUCGCCUUGGCCACGCUUUCCUUGAAGCCGGAGGAUGCAAACAAACUCGACUUCACCUUGGCUCAGUUCACUGAAGACCAGCGAAAGGCUCUUGCCGGCUGGUACAAGCACUUCACUGUGAAAUAUCCUGUUGUCGGCCGUCUUCGGGAAUAUGACGGCUGGGACUUCUCAGAAAUCGAGAAGCAGGCAGAAAAGGAAACCCCGUUUGGUUUGGGAAAGGACGAGCAGAAGGCAGCCACCGGGGCAGACGAACCUGUGCUGCUAAGACCUGGCGACAAGGUCAAGCUGCAGGGUACCGCAGAUGACAAGCUGGAUGGGAAGAUUGGUGUGCUCAGAAAACUUGAUGCCACCACUGGCAAAUUCGAGGUCGCUCUGGUGGAUGAGGACUCUUCUGUGCUGGUCAAGCCAAACCAGAUCUCCAAGAUCUGA